AUGGAAGGAACCGAUGUCUCUGCUCGGGACCAAACUCGCCAUGUCAUCCGCCUACCAUCCGCAGACAGACGGACAAACCGACCGCCUCAUCCAAAUUGUAGAGCAACUCCUCCGCGCAGCGUGCAAAGAUGAAAUCUCUACAUGGGACUUGCACCUGCCCGUCCUGGAGUUUGCCUACAACAACACCACUCACGCCGCUACUGGACAGACGCCGUUCUUCCUCUGCUACGGACGCCACCCGCUCAUGCCGCAAAAACCGACAGCAUCAGCCACAGUCACUCCUGUUACCUUCCGCUUACGCCUGCCAGCUACCUGCAAGUUUCACAAUGCCUUCCAUGUCCAACUUCUGAAGCCCUAUCGAGACCCUAACACGGUCUUCACCGGACGCCAACCCCCACCGCUGCUGCCCGUCCUCGUCCACGAUGAACCCGAGUACGAGGUCGAGUCCGUGCUCGCACACCGCCGUCGUCGGAAUGGCACCGUCGAGCUUCUCAUUCGUUGGAAGGGUUAUGAUCCUUCUGAGGAUACUUGGGUUCCUUGAGCAAUCCGAGAUGGGUAAUGCUC